AUGGGAAAAUUAUCCGCAAUUUCAUCAUCAUCAAGUAAUAAUUUGCAACAUCAUCUUAAUCAACAAGAACAAUAUAAUCAACACCAACAUCAACAAUACCAUCAUAAUUUGCAAGCGCAAUCUACUCAUAUAAAUCAUAAUAGUAACAAUAUUGCUAAUAAUAUCAAUAAUACUAAUAAUAAUAAUAAUAAUAAUAGUAAUAAUAAUAAUAAUAAUAAUAAUAAUAAUUUGUCAGGUAAUAAAAAACAAUUAAAAUCAGGUAAAUCACCAAAGAACAAAGAUUUAUCUUACUCGCAGUUAACUUCUUCAACUAAUCAAUUUGGAGGAGUGGGAAUUGCAAAUUAUGAUUAUAGGAAAUAUAGUAAUAAUAAUAUCAGUAAGAAUAAUAAUUUAAAUUCAAAUUAUAAUUAUACAAAUUAUAAUCCUUAUCCUUAUAACUAUUCAUCAUCAAUAUCGUAUCCUUAUCAAGUAACUUCACCACAAGAGGAAGUUUAUAAUAGAGAUAAUAAGAAAAUUGUGAGUAACAAUAAAAAUAUGAAUUAUUCUCAACAACAACCUAUACCUCAACAAUCACCAAAUCAACAAUCACCAAAUCAACAACAUCAGCAUCAACAACAUCAUCAUCAUCAACAACAGCAGUCAACUAUAAAUCCACGAUCAACUGCUAAUGUACAACAACAACCUCAACAAUUAUUUCCUCAACAACAACAAAUUGCACAACAAUUUCAACAGCAGUAUCAGCCACAGUAUCAGCAGCAACUACCCCAACAAUAUCAGCAGCUGUAUCAACUUCAGUAUCAUCACCAACAACAACAACCAGUAAGAUCUCGUGGGGAUUCAAUUUAUUUACCACCGCCAAUUUCACAAGUUAGACUGAAUGAACAUUUAUUUGAACAAUCACAACAACAACAACCUCAGCAACAACAACAACAAUCACAACUUCAAUCUCAACCUCAAAAUGUUAAUGUACCAUCAAGAUCAAAUAGUAUUUUUAGUUCAUUAAUAAAUUUACCUGGUUCAAGCACAAAUUCAAUAAGUGAACCAUCAAAUUCAAUUUCUGCGGGCGGAAAUACUAUAAAUAACAGUGGAAAGAGUUUAUCUACUAAUCCAUCACGUCAAUUAUCAUUUACAAUUGAAGAUUUAGAAAAUUUAUUAAAUAAAGAAAGUAUGGGUAAUUUAUUGGCAUGGCAACAACAACCAACCAGUUUUAGUCAACAAGGAAGUAAUUAUAAAAAAGGUAAUUCUUUAACAAUUGAAGAUUUGGAGAACCUAUUAACAAAAGAAAGUAUGGGUAAUUUAUUAGCAUGGCAACAACAACAACAACAACAACAACAACAACAACCAUCUUAUUCAACAAAUUAUAAAAAUAAAGGUUCAUCAAUUGAUUUAUCAGUUUGGAAUGAUAUGACAAAUCAAGAAAGAAGAAGUUCAAUUUUAAAACUAAUUAAUGAUCAAAAUAAUUUAAGAAAUCAAAGAAUAAGUUUAAAUAAUUCUGAUGCAAAUUUAAGACAAGAUAUGUUUGAUAAAAAUAAAAAAAGUAAUCAACAAAUACUUCCUCAACAACAACCACAACUGAAAAAUCAAUCUAUCAAAAUUGAAAAACUUCCAUCACCAAAAACUUCACCCACUGUAUAUAAUCAAACUUUACAACAAAUACCACCACAAAAUUUAUUUCAAAAUUUUGAUCAACAACAACAACAACCUCCGCAACAAAUAAUUCCACAACAGUUACAACAACAACCAAUACCUUCAAUAAUACCUUCUGCAAUUCCUGUUUCUUCAACUUCACAACAAAUCUCACCAAACAUUCAAUCAGAGUCUGGCAUUUCAGCUUCAGAUUCUAAAAAAACAUCUCCACAACAAAAUAAGAAAUCAUAUACUUGUAAACAAUGUAAUAAACAAUUUACACAGUUGACUCAUUUAAACGUUCAUAUUAGAAGUCAUUCAGGUUACAAACCAUUCAUUUGUCAAUAUUGUCAAAAAUCUUUUACUCAAGGUGGUAAUUUAAGAACUCAUUUAAGAGUUCAUACAGGUGAAAAACCAUUUACUUGUUCCGUCUGUCAACGAGCAUUUAAUAGAAAAGGAAAUUUAGCAGCUCAUAAAUUAACUCAUUCAAAUGUUAAACCAUAUCAAUGUAAAUUGGAUAAUUGUAAUAAAAGCUUUUCACAAUUGGGUAAUUUAAAAUCACAUCAAAAGAGGUUUCAUCAAGACACAAUAAAUUUAUUAACUCAAAAAGUACAACAAGGUCAAGAUGAUAAAAAUAUGGGGUAUUUUAAAGAAUUGUAUAAAAUUAAUUAA